AUGAACAGGAAAGACAGCAAGAGGAAGUCCCACCAGGAAUGCCCAGGCAAGACAGGGGGGCGGGGCCGGCCCCGACCAGCCCGCCGCCACAAGACAUGCCCCAGCCCCCGGGAAAUCAGCAAGGUUAUGGCUUCCAUGGCUCUGGGCAUGCUGAACGAGGGCGGCUGCAGCGAAGAUGAGCUGCUGGAGAAAUGCAUUCAGUCCUUUGACUCGGCUGGCAGCCUGCGCCGUGGGGACCACGUUCUCAACAUGGUACUUGCCAUGCACAGUUGGGUGCUGCCUUCUGCCCACUUUGCUGCCCGUCUGCUGACCAAGUACCAGGAGGCCACAGGGAGCACGCAGGAGCUGAGACAGCUGCAGAUCUGUCACCUGGUCAGGUACUGGCUGACCCAACACCCUGAGACGAUGCACCAGGACCCCCAGUUAGAAGAGGUUAUCAGCCGCUUCUGGGCCACUGUGGAGCAGGAGGGUAACUCAGUCCAGAAGAGCCUAGGAGACUUCUCCAGUCGGCUUAGCCCGGGUGGCCCAGGCCCCCCACAUCCCAUGAGCAGCCCAGGCCUGGGCAAGAAGUGCAAAGUGUCCUUGAUUUUUGACCACCUGGAGACUGGGGAGCUGGCAGAGCAUCUCACUUACCUGGAGUUCCGGUCCUUCCAGGCUAUCACACCCCAGGACCUGCGGGACUACGUUUUGCAGGGCUCUGUGCGGGGCUGCCCGACCCUAGAGGGAUCUGUAGGUCUCAGCAACAGCGUAUCCCGCUGGGUGCAGGUCAUGGUGCUGAGCCGUCCCGGGCCUGCACAGCGAGCGCAGGUGCUGGACAAGUUCAUCCGCGUGGCACAGAGGCUCCUCCAGUUGCAAAAUUUCAACACGCUGAUGGCAGUCACCGGCGGCCUCUGUCAUAGUGCCAUCUCCAGACUCAAGGACUCCCAUGCCCACCUGAGCCCUGACAGCACCAAGGCCCUGCUGGAGCUGACAGAGCUCCUGGCAGCCCACAACAACUACGCCCGUUACCGCCGUACCUGGGCUGGCUGCACGGACUUCCGGCUGCCUGUCCUGGGUGUGCACCUCAAGGAUCUGGUGGCCCUGAACGAGGCGCAGCCUGACAGGUUGCCUGAUGGCCGCCUGCACCUGCCCAAACUCAACAGCCUCUACCUGCGGCUGCAGGAGCUGGCAGCGCUGCAGCAACAGCGCCCCCCGUGCAGUGCCAGCGAGGACCUUCUGCACCUGCUCACGCUUUCCCUGGAUCUCUUCUACACGGAGGAUGAGAUCUAUGAGCUUUCCUACGCCCGGGAGCCCCGCUGUCCCAAGAGUCUGCCGCCCUCCCCCUUCAAGGCGCCCCUGGUGGUGGAGUGGGCCCCUGGUGUGACGCCCAAGCCUGACACGGUCACUCUGGGUCGGCAUGUGGAGCAGCUGGUGGAGUCUGUGUUCAAGAACUAUGACCCUGACGGCCGCGGCACCAUCUCUCAGGAGGACUUUGAGCGACUCUCAGGCAACUUCCCCUUCGCCUGCCACGGGCUUCACCCACCCCCCCGCCAGGGGAGCGGCUCCUUCAGCCGUGAGGAGCUGACAGGAUACCUGCUCCGGGCCAGUGCCAUUUGCUCCAAGCUGGGCCUGGCCUUCCUGCACACCUUCCAGGAGGUCACCUUCCGCAAGCCCACCUUCUGUGACAGCUGCAGUGGCUUCCUUUGGGGUGUCACCAAGCAAGGCUACCGCUGUCGGGACUGUGGGCUGUGUUGCCACAGACACUGCAGAGACCAAGUGAAGGUGGAAUGUAAGAAGAGGCCAGGGGCCAAGGGUGAUGCGAGUCCCCCAGAAGCCCCUGCCCCACCCACUCCAGUUCCCCAGGCCAGCUGUGGCUCCGAGGACAAUCUCUCCUACACGCUAUCCCUGGAACCUGAGACUGGGUGCCAUGUUCGCCAUGCUUGGACCCAGACAGAGUCCCCACACCCCUCCUGGGAACCAGAGACGGUCCCUCUGCCAGUGAAGGCCUCACCACCCACCAAGUCCUCCAAGCUGAACUCCUAGAUGUUGCCUUGGUCUCAUCUCUUCCCCACUUCCUCCUCCAGAGUCAGUCUCAAGUCCUGUUAUUCCGUCUCCUUCCCAUCCACACUGCCUUUGUUGAAGC